GAGUUUUUCGGGGGAGGGGAUCUCCGGCGAGGGACGGGGGAGCUUCGGAGAUUGGCGGUGAGUGGUAUGGUGGUGGCUGGAGAAGGUCUAAAAUAGGUAUUGUGUGGUGGUGGAAGUGGUAGCUUGUUUCCCUUUGUUAUUCAAAACAAACACCAUAGUAAAAUUAAGGAUUUUUUUAUGGAAUAAUGUAAACUAAUAAUCCCACCUUUAGUCGGUCUUCCACGAACAAUCCCACCUUUUGAAAUUCCAGAAAUAAUCCCACCUUUGAUAGGGAUCUUCCACUAACAAUCCCUUUGACCUACAACCUGUUAAACAGGUUAAAAAAAAAUUCCCUUUAUUUUUAAAACUUAAUCUCUUCCACGACCACCAGCCACCACCGUGGUCACCCCAACCCUCACCCUUUACCGCCACCUCCAUCCAUUAGGCCACUACGAAACCCCCAACCACGCCGAAAUACCAUCACCACCCCCAAAACCCGAGCCUCACUCAAAUUACACCACCCACAACCUCGAAAACACCACUGACUGCCCCCGAAAACACCAUCCACAGCCCCGAAAACACCACCCACAGCCCCGAAAACACCACCCACAGCCCCGAAAACACCACCCACAACCCCAAAAACACCAUCCACAGCCCCGAAAACACCACUGACAGCUCCAAAAUAAACACCAUCCACAGCCCCCAAAACCACUAACACCCCCGAAAACACCGCCCACAGCCCCAAAAACACCAAUGAUAACCCCGAAAACACCACCCACAGCCCCAAAUAACUCCUCUUGGCUCUAAAAACUCAACCCUUAGCCUGAAAAACUCCAUAAAAACCACCUAUACAAAACCCACCACCCCCACAAAACCCACCUAUACAAAACCCACCACCCCCACAAAACCCACGCCUACAGCCCCACAAAACCCAAGUACCACCCCGACGAAAUCCCACCCCCACGAAAAAUCUCAAAACUCCGUGUGUUCGAAUUACAUCAUCGUUGAACUCCGGGAUUGUGCGAAAUUGAUGGUUGUGGAAGGGGUGUGCGACUGGUGGUGUUUUCAGGGUGGUGGUUGCCGGAGAAUGCAAGGGCGGGGAUGGGGAGAGGAGUGCAGUGGCAGGCUGGGCUAGUGGCGGGGCUGGGGGUUUUCUUCUAUAUUUUUUUUUUAAUUAGAUUUGUUUUUUUUAAUUAUUAAAAAUCGGACUAAACCUAUUAAAAACCUACACGUGUCUUUUAACUUAAGAAAAUCGGUUACCUGAUCAAUCCAACCGGUCAGGGAUUGUUAAUGGAAGAUAGGGGCAAAAGGUGGGAUUAUUUCUGGAAUUUCAAAAGGUGGGAUUGUUUGUGAAAGACCGACUAAAGGUGGGAUUAUUAGUUUAUAUUUUUCCUUUUUUUAUUCCAUUCUAAUUCUUUCCUUUUAUUCAUUCCAUUCCGAUUAUCUCGCGCGAACCAAACGGUCCCCAUAGCAAUUUGUAUUACUCGUAAAUUACUCUUUAGUGUUGGCUUAUCACUUAUCAUCAUUAAUAGAAAUCGUUUAUAAACCCCUUAAAGGAUUAGGCCUUCUUUGUAAUAAACAGGAACAAAAAAAAAUAGCGUCAAAUUGAUUGACUUCUGAAUCAGCUUCCACUAAUUCACUCUUCCUGGAAACGCUGCAACUCGUAUUCGUCUUCUCCAAGAACCUCGAAAAUGGCGGCACUAAUCAUCUCUUACUCCAGAAAAUUCUUCCGACCGAAGCCAUUUUUACACUGCAUUCAAUCCUUCCGAACAUCUGCCGCUACUGCUGAUGCGAAAGAAACUGGUCUUUACGGUUUCUCUCAUUUGAAAACUCCCAAAGGUUUCCAGCGUUUCGUCGACGAUGCUAUUGAACGGUCUGGAGAGCUUAUCAAUUACAUUUCUACUAUGCCUUCUUCUGCUGAAAUCAUUCGCGCUAUGGAUGAAAUAUCCGACACUGUUUGUUCAGUGGUGGAUUCAGCUGAGUUAUGUAGACAUACUCACCCUGACAGGGAAUUUGUGGAGCAAGCUAAUGUUGCAUCCAUGAGAAUGGAUGAAUAUCUACAUUAUUUGAAUACAAAUCACUGUCUGUAUAAUGCUGUGAUGAAAGCUGAGCUAGAAGGCAACAUCCCCAACUCAGAAACCCAAAGGGCAGCCCAUUAUUUACGUGUUGAUUUUGAGAAGGGAGGCAUCCAUCUCUGUAGUGAAAAAUUAGAACGAGUUAAUCAGCUCAAUGUGGAUAUUGCGCAACUGUGCCGCAAGUUCAAUGCAAAUAUUGUGGAUGAUCCUGGUUAUGUAGACAUAUAUCCUGCUACCCUAAUUCCAAAGCGUAUGCACCAUCUUGGUACACCUGUAUAUUCUCCUGCUGGAUCAUCAAGAAAGGGGUUAGACGUGAAAGAAAAGGGAUAUCGAAUUCCAACAGAUCCCGUAUCACUAACUUCUAUUCUACAGUGGGUGCCAAAUGAAAAGGUGCGAAAACUUGCAUAUAUUCAAGGAAACUCUGCACCUCAUGCAAAUCUCAAUGUACUUGACAAGCUAAUAGCUGCUCGUCAUGAACUGGCACAGAUAAUGGGCUACAAGUCUUAUGCUGAAUUUGCAGCACGCCCAAACAUGGCUUCAUCAGCAGAUGUUGUAAUGUCCUUUCUGUUUGAGUUGAGUAGCAUGGUCAAGCCCAAAGCUGAUGAGGAAUUUAGAAGACUCAGGUAUUACAAGCGACAAAGGACUGGACAAAUGCUUGAGGACCUGGAGCCGUGGGAUGAGACGUACUACUCGGCAAUGAUAAAGGCGUCUACCUGUGACUUGGAUUCUUCUGUAAUUGCUUCCUACUUUCCUCUGCUACAAUGUAUUGAGGGUUUGAAAUUGCUGGUGGAGUCAUUGUUUGGUGCAUCAUUUCAUAAUAUCCCUCUUGCUCCAGGUGAAUCAUGGCAUCUAGAUGUUCUUAAAUUGUCACUUCAUCAUCCUGAAGAGGGUGAUUUGGGAUACUUGUACCUCGACUUGUAUUCAAGGAAGGACAAAUAUCCGGGUUGUGCUCACUUUGCAAUUAAAGGAGGUCGGCGCAUUUCAGAAGCAGAAUACCAACUUCCUGUUGUGGCCCUCGUCUGCAAUUUUUCCAAUUCAAAUAAUCCAUCAACGGUGAGGCUUAACCACGGAGAAGUAGAAACACUGUUUCAUGAGUUUGGACAUGCUCUGCAUUCACUUUUGUCAAGGACGGAAUACCAACAUUUUUCAGGAACCAGGGUAGCACUGGAUUUAGCUGAAACUCCUUCAAAUCUAUUUGAGUACUACGCUUGGGAUUAUCGAGUUUUGAAGACAUUUGCUAAACACUAUUCAACUGGGGAAAUCAUACCCAAAAAGUUGGUGGAUUCGAUGCAAGAUGCUAAAAUGAUGUUUGCUGCAACUGAAUUGCAGCGGCAGAUAUUUUAUGCGCUGAUUGAUCAAAAGCUUUUUGGGGAACAAGAUUCUUCUCCAAGAGAUACUAUUUCAAUUGUUGCAGAUUUGAAAAGGCAAUACACAAGUUAUAAGCAAGUUGAAGGAACACACUGGCACACCCGGUUUAGUCACUUGCUGAAUUAUGGUGGAGGAUACUACAGCUAUUUAUAUGCCAAGUGUUUUGCUGCAACCAUAUGGAAAAAUACAUGUCAAGAGGAUCCCCUCUCGCUCGAAACUGGGACUGCCCUUCGAACAAAGUUUUUGCAGCAUGGGGGUGCUGUAGAGCCAGUUGACUUGUUGAAAGAUUUAGUUGGGGAUGGCAGUAUAAGAUAUUCCAAUGGGGGCGUGAUUCCUGACAUAAGAGCACUCUCUGAAGAGAUGAAGCUUGAAUUGAGAGAACCUCCACAUGUUUGCUAGACUUGUAGAAAUGGCAUUAGGAGAUAGCGAUUAUUGGGUAAUGGGUACUGGUGUUUGGAGGUGUUUCCUUCCAUGAGAUUACCAGUUGGUGGUAGAUCCACUGUGAUCAUUCUCUAAGAAGCUGACAUUAUGAUCGUUUUUAUCUAGAUUUUCAAGAAAUCAUCAGAGCUAAGGCCUCCUGAUUUAGUAGCAAGGGGUAAAAGAGUCGACCUUAUCCUGUUCAGGGGGCUAAGGCUUGGGACAUAAUUCUGCCAAUGUACUCUGUCAACCAAAUUACUGCCAAUAGGGUGUACUCUGUCAACCAAAUUACUGCCAAUGUACUCUCGAAAAGUGGUGACAUAAUGAAUGUCCCACCAGAGCAAGUUGAGUCACCUGCAUUGAAGAUUUCAGAUUUUUCAAGGAUCUUCGGAUGAUUUUGCCAAAGUAAGUAUAACCAACUGAAUUCAAGCUGCAGUAUUCUUUCCACUUAUUGUUUACAUACAGGGUUAGUGCAUGAUGUUUAAGAAAUAUACAUGCGCGAUGUAAGACAUAGCUAUUUGUAAAUCGUUGCUUCUUGUCUACAAUUUUUGCUCUCAUUUGCUCAUAAGAGCGAAUUUUGGUACUUAUAAUUCAUCAGAUGUCAAUUUGAUACUUUAUUCUAUUUAGAUUUCGUUCAAUAUUGGUCUAAGUGAAUUUUUAUUUGAUUUUUACUCCAUAGUAGCUACGAGUAAAUAACAAAUUGUUGAUUUAUAAUAGGUUUUGAGAUUGAACACCUUCGGAGUAGAAGCUCAAAAGGAUUUGGAUGCCAUGAUAUAUUUAAUAUAAUUAUUAUAGUCAAUCAUUUA